AUGGUGAACCUUUGCGCCGUGCUCGUAGCGUCUUGGGGGCUGUCCUCUGCAGCAUUCGCGCUUCGUCCACGGCAUGGCAAUCCAUCUUGCCGCUACCUCCCCACGGACGAUGGAUGGCCUACAACGGCUGAUUGGGACCGUCUGAACACGACAGUUAGCGGCAAGCUUGUGCGAGGCGAGCCCUUGGCUCAGCCUUGCUACCGACCGUCCGAGGAUGUUGCAAAGUGCGCCCAGGUCCGGGGCGCCUGGGGUAGCAACAGCAUUUAUUAUGAUGAUCCGGUUGCAGUCAUGUCUCCCUUCUGGCUGAACAAUUCAUGCAACCCAUUCUUGUCUUCGGCCAGCGACACCUGCACCCUCGAUAACGUUGCCUCGUACGCCAUCAGUGUCACCGACGCAGCAAGUGUCAUGGCGGGGCUCGAAUUCGCGCAGCAAAAGAAUAUCCGCGUGUCGGUCAAGAACACUGGCCACGAUUACCUUGGACGUUCUACCGGCAAGGGCUCGUUGGCGCUGUGGACGCACGACCUGCGCGACGUCUCAAUCAUCACGAACUACACAGGCUCAACAUACGCAGGGCCCGCUGUCAAGAUGGGAGCCGGUGUUUUGGGACACGAAGUGGCCAAUAUCGCGGCUACGUAUGGCCUGCGGGUGGCAGUCGGCUUAUGCCCCAGUGUGGGAGUAGCAGGAGGGUUUUCCCAGAAUGGAGGGUAUGGCCAACUCUCGUCCCUCUACGGGUUGGCUGCGGAUAACACGCUCGAGUUCGAGGUGGUUACCACCGACCAAAGACACCUGAUCGCCUCGCCGUCAACAAACGCCGACCUGUACUGGGCAUUGAGCGGCGGCGGCUCGGGCAACUACGGCAUCGUUCUCAGUCAGACCGUCAAGGCACACCCGGACGGCCAGAUCGCGGGCGCGACGUUUGUGUUUACCAGCGCUAACUCGACGGCUUUCUGGUUAGCGGUUCAGGCAUGGUAUCAGCUCAGCCCGCGAUUCGGUCUUGUACCUGGCUUCUCGGCAUCGUGGAUCUUCACCAGCGGACUCUUCAGGCUGACCGCGGCUACCUUACCAGGCGGUAGCGUAUCCAACUUGGACGCCAUCCUGCAAGACUUCUAUCAGGCCGCACAAGAGCUCAACGUGGCUCUUAUUGCAAAAAGUACCAUAGAACGACAGUCGUUCGUCGAACUGUAUGACACGCUCGUCCCUCCGGACCGCCAGGAUUCAUCAUUCCCUUCCAACAACACGAUCGGAAGCCGACUAGUACCAGCAGCGGUUGUCCGAGACAACUUGACGGCUCUGCUGGAAGUUUAUCAGCGCAUCCUCAACGACGAUACGGUGCCCGGUGAGAUUGUGGUUGGCGGCACGAGCAACAACGUGUCAAACGCCAAUGUGGGCGUCGAGGCGGACAGCAACGCGGUCCUCCCGGCGUGGCGGAACGCUCUCUUAUCUUCCAGCGCGGCCGUCUCGUUUCCGGACGACGCAAGCGUAGAGAAUCUUCAACUCAUCCAGGCCAAGGUGAAUACGUGGCAGGAUUGGGUGAAGGAUUUGACCCCGGGAAGCGGCUCUUACAUCAACGAAGCGACCUACGACAACCCUCAGUGGAAGCUGGAUUACUAUGGCAAGAAUUAUGAAAGACUCCUUCAAGUGAAGGAAAAGUACGACGGAAACUUCACCCUCUGGCAACAUACAUCGGUUGGAACGGAUGUUUACUGGCAAGAAGACGCAGAAGGCCGGCUAUGUAGAGUUGAAUAG